AUGAUUUGUGUCCGAAAAUUCGUCUGCAGUCAAGGUCCGCCCGAACAAAAAGAAGGAGCUCUAAACACGUUAAGUCGAGGGCACUCGGAGAUGUCGAGGGAGAUUGAAACGGGGGACGAAAAGACACUCAAAAGGACGACAAAUAAUGCGGGGAAAAAUGCGAUAAAAGGGAGGCCUGAAAAAAAAAGGAAUAAAAAGGCGACAAAAAAGACGGAAAAAGCAAAAAAGUUCACAAAAAAAGGAAACAAGAAAAAGCCGUACAAAAAAAAAAACAAAAACAAAAAAGACACGGAAAAAGCAAAAAAUGCGCCAAAAACUACUAAAAAAGCCACAGAAAGAUCACAAAAUGAAAUAAAAAAGAUCACAGAAAAAGGGCGACAAAAAUACAAGGAGCCGAAAAAGAGCCAAAUUGGGGUCACAAAAAGCAACACGAAAUGCGAUCAAAAACCCCAUAUAAGGAAGCGACAAAAAAAGAACGGGGGAAGCGACCGAAAAAAGAUGAGUAAAGGGCGAACAGAAAAAGGUGAAAAAAAGGACGAGAAAAAAAUCAUUGGAGAUAAAAAAACGACAAAAAAGCAGCAAAAAAAAGAAAAAGUCCACAAAAAAAUGAGUGAGAAAAAAGAAGAUAAAAGGAGGGAAUAG